AUGGAAUCCACAUUCAGAGCUGUCACACGUAAUCCAGGCAUUAUUAUUUGGAGAAUUGAGAAAAUGGAAUUGAUUCUGGUCCCAGACAAAUCUUAUGGAAAUUUUUAUGAGGGUGACUGCUACGUUCUGCUCUCGACCAGAAAAGUGGGUGGAUCCCUGUCCUAUGAUAUUCACUACUGGAUAGGAUCUGAGUCUACACAGGAUGAACAGGGAGCUGCUGCUGUCUACACUAUUCAGCUGGAUGACUUCCUGGGAUCCUCACCUGUCCAGCAUCGUGAGGUCCAGCACUAUGAGUCAAGCAUGUUCUGUGGAUACUUCAAACAGGGCAUUAUUUACAAAAAAGGAGGAGUGGCAUCAGGAAUGAGACAUGUGGAAACAAAUUCCUAUAACAUUUGCAGACUGCUACAUGUGAAAGGUCAGAAGAGGGUGACGGCAAAAGAGGUGGAGAUGAGUUGGAAGAGUUUCAAUCUUGGUGAUGUAUUUCUGUUAGACACUGGAAAGACCAUUAUCCAGUGGAAUGGACCUGACAGUAACAAACAGGAACGACUCAAGGGCAUGCUGCUGGCAAAGGACAUUCGGGACCGUGAGAGAGGAGGCAGAGCGGAGAUUGGUAUAAUAGAGGGGGAUGCAGAGAAGAAUGCUCCUCACUUAAUGCAGGCCUUGACCAGUAUCAUUGGUGAGCAGCCUUCUACCCUGCCUCCUGGAACACCUGAUGAAACAACUGACCAGGAGCAGCUAGCCCAGAUUACUCUCUACCAUGUGUCUGACGCUGAUGGAGAAAUGAAGAUCAAAGAGGUUGCAACCAGACCACUGGUGAUGGACAUGUUAAAUCAUGAUGAUUGCUACAUCUUGGACCAGGGAGGAAUGAAGGUUUUUGUGUGGAAGGGGAAAAGAGCCAGCAAGGCAGAAAAGCAGGCAGCUAUGUCCAGAGCUCUGGAGUUCAUUAAGCUAAAGGGUUAUGCACACACCACUAAUGUUCAGGCAAUGAAUGAUGGGGGAGAGUCAGCACUCUUUAAACAACUUUUCCAGAGCUGGACUGUCAAAGAUCAGACAGUAGGCCUGGGACGCACACACACUGUGGGGAAAGUGGCUAAAGUUUCACAAGAGAAGUUUGAUGCCACUAGGAUGCAUGUGAUGCCUGAAGUUGCAGCUCAGGAGCGUAUGGUGGAUGAUGGAUCAGGCCAGGUGCAGGUUUGGCGGAUUGAAAAUCUGGAGCUGGCUGAGGUUGAUCCAAAAACAUAUGGUUACUUCUAUGGAGGUGACUGCUACCUUGUCCUAUAUACCUAUGAGGUUCAUAGGAAGAAGAACUACAUCCUUUACAUGUGGCAGGGAUGUCAUGCCUCACAAGAUGAGCUGACAGCUUGUGCGUUUCAGGCAGUAAAUGUCGACCAGCAGUAUGGUGGCCAACCUGUUCAAGUGAGGGUUACAAUGGGCAAGGAACCACGCCAUUUUAUGGCCAUAUUUAAAGGCAGGAUGGUUGUCUUUGAGGGAGGUACUUCCAGAAAGGGAGGCUCGGAUCCAGGAAGUCUUGUCCAUCUUUUUCAGAUAAGUGGCUCAGACUCAUUCAACACUAAAGCUAUAGAGGUACCAGCCCAGGCUGCUUCUCUUAAUUCCAAUGAUGUCUUCCUGCUGAAGAGUCCGGGUGGCAUCUACCUGUGGUAUGGAAAGGGCUCAAGUGGCGAUGAGAGGGCCAUGGCUAAGGAGGUGAGUGCUGUUCUUGGCCAAGGCUCAUCUGAGGAUAUAAUGGCUGAGGGGCAGGAACCCAUUGAAUUCUGGAACCUUCUGAGUGGAAAGGCCCCAUAUGCAAAUGACAAAAGGCUACAGCAGGUUGUUCCAGAUCAUCAGCCCCGCCUCUUUGAGUGCUCCAAUAAGACAGGCAGGUUCACUGUCACUGAGAUUGCCCAGUUCACACAGGAAGAUCUCAGUGAGGAUGAUGUCAUGCUUCUGGACACAUGGGAUCAGGUUUUACUUUGGAUUGGAAAUCAAGCAAAUGAAGUGGAGCAUCAAGAGUCUGUGGUUACAUGUCAAGAAUACCUGCGGACCCAUCCUGGAAGUCGGGAUUGUGACACACCUAUCCUGCUUGUAAAGCAAGGGUUUGAGCCCCCUACUUUUACUGGUUGGUUCACUGCCUGGGAUCCCACAAAAUGGAGUGGUGGAAAAUCCUAUGAGCAGUUAAAGGAAGAAUUGGGAGACGUUACAUCAUUGAAAAAAAUUACAACUGACAAGAAUGCUAACCAAGCAAGUUUGGAGAAGAAGACCUAUCAGCCUUACCCUCCUGAGAUGCUGGUAAACAAACAGGCUGGACAGCUACCAGCAGGAGUGGAUCCUGCCCAAAAGGAGAAAUAUCUCUCAGAUGCAAAUUUCCAGGACUUAUUUGGAAUGUCCAAAGAUGGGUUUUUCAGUUUACCACAGUGGAAGCAAGUGAACAUCAAGAAGAAACUUGGGUUAUUUUGAUUUUUUAAAAUAUAAAAUAUACCCAUUAUAUUGGAAAUAAUUUCCUAGUACACCUAGUACAUGUACAGUUAAAGACUAUAACUCAUCUGUUGUCAUGCACAAGCUGUCUUAGCCAUCCUCCAACUCUGGUAAAAACUGGUCAGCAGUGUUUCUAUGGUCAGAAACAAAACAGUGAUGAAUAAGGUAGUGAUACAAUCAAUAGCUACAGUCUAUAACUGUACACCUUUAAAAUACAUCUGACAGAUGUUACCAACAGCAACCAGUGAG